AUGCCUCUCGUCGUAACGGACAAAGAGGCGAAUAAACAUUACAUUCCUGGAUCCGGAGCAAAUCCGAACAGCAGCCGUCAUAAGAAUCUUCGUCGAUCUCCGACAUUAAAUGAGGAAAAGCGUCCGACGUCCGAGCGUUCGAAAGUGCCUCUUCGUCACGCCAGUCAAACAUUGGAAGAUUUGGUGCGCUGCGCCAUUUGCCUAGAACAACUACGCCGCCCAACUAUGUUGCCAUGCCAACACACAUUUUGCCUGGACUGCCUGCGGAUUUACGCUGAAACGAACUUGACUGCCAUCAGUUGCCCUACCUGUCGGCUUGAGGUGGCUCUUCCGUUGGAGGGAAUCAACGCUUUCCCAACCAAUAUCCUUUUACAGGCAUUUAUCGAGUCUCUUUCGACCGGUUCCAGCACAAAAGAUGAGAGCAAUUCAGCGAAGGAAACCAGCAAAGGAAUUGAUAUUUGUUUCCGCUGUUCGUGCAGACCCCAGAGUAAUUUAACAUGCCAGCAUUGCGACCAAUUAUUUUGCAAGAGUUGCCACCUACUGCACACCACGCAAUUGAAGAAGAAUUGGUCAGAUGUAAUUGACGACCUGUUUGCCGAGAAACAGCGGCUGUGUUUAAUCAAACAAGAAUCUAAGGCGCGCUAUAAGAAAAUACGCGACAACGUACGAGCCUCUAUUGCUAUCCAAAUGCAGCAACUGUCGGAGAAACAGGAACAGCUAUUAGUGAAAUUGAAGUUGUGGCGCGAGGAGGAAGCGGCGACAUUCACCGAAAUCCAAAAACUUUGUGAUCAAAUCCUGGCCCAGACUCCGACCAUUGGAUCGCGUGAUGAAGAGCCCGUACCAAAUGCGGACGUGCUGAAGCGCUCGGAAGCUAUCCUGCAGACAGCGCGUCUCUGCGGCACGGCCCGCUUGAUGUUUGACAGUGAAGAGUUGUCGCUGACUUGCGAAUCGACCGAGACGGAUGGGACAGAUGGAUGCGUCGCAACCUCCAUUUCCACUGCUUCUGCCGCAGUACUUCACCCUUCCGUUUGUUCUUCCGUUUCGAACGAAUCAUCGACCCAUAGCCGCAUGAGAAACCGACGAGUGUUGUUCACCUACCCCAUCGAGCCUGCCCUUUUGGCAUCCUAUUCGGCACCACCUACCGACUGUAAAAAGCCACCUGAAUAUCAGUCCAGUGCUGAUAAGCAAUCUCUCUACUACAGGUCGUUGCCUGGUCAUCCGCGCCAGCGCAUCACGUCCAAUCUUUUACAACGUCCAGCUGGCGUGGCCGUCUCGCCAUGGACGGGUGAAAUCUACGUGGCAGCAACCGACAGCCAUCGCGUUUAUGUCGUCGACAAGAGUGGCAAGAUAAUAAAAUCUUUGGGCAGCCCUUAUCGAUCGGACCUACGAGGUGGUAGCAGUAGCACAGUGUCUCACGGCACAUCUUUGACGACGGCUCCGUCCACUAAUUGUGGAACCUUUCUUUGCCCUUUCGGUAUUGCGUUUUCAACAGUGGCUGAAGAGAUCUACGUCACAGACAAGUGGCUGAAUUGCAUUCAAGUAUUCAACAAAGACGGUGUCUACGAACGCCAGAUCGGCGUCAAAGGAACAUCUCCAGGCCAUUUCCGAUCACCAGAAGGCAUCGCCGUCGAUUCCAAAGGCUACAUCUACGUCUGCGAUACGUGCAACGAUCGAGUCCAGGUCCUCGAUCGAAAUGGCAUCUAUUUCCGAGAAUUGGGCGCCGUCUCGUCGAUGACUCUCCCCGGUGGGAAGCUCUACCAGAAGAGGGAAUUUAGCGAACCAACCGGGGUGGCGGUCUCACCCGAUGGAUCGCGCGUCGCUGUCUGCGAUUUUGGUAAUUGCAGGAUUAAAGUCUUUGGAACGAACGGUGAGCGUGUCGUCGUCUUCGGUUUUCGGGGUACACAACGCGGUCAAUUCCAACAUCCUGAAUGUCUGGCCAUCGAUGACCAAGGAUUUAUUCUGGUUGGUGAUAAUGGCAACGGGAGAAUUCAAAUUUUUCGUCCGAAUGGCAACUUUGUGCGAACACUAGGGACCAAAGGAGCAGGCCCCGGUCAAUUUAAUUGGAUUUCUGGACUGACUCUCUCCAAGGAUAUGGAUAUUAUUGUCACCGAUUUCAAGAACCAUUGCAUACAAUUCUUCUGAUUGGUUCCUAAGCGACCACUUCCCACUAUUCUCUGCGGGAUUCGUGGGCCAUCACAAAAAGAAGCAGGAUGGAAUAGAUGUCAUCGAUAGGGAAAUCGAUGACGUGUGGCUCGAAUUCCUUUUGGAUGUACAUGUUUUACACUGUCACAUUUUAUCGGUCAUGCAUUUUCUUUCCCUUCCAAUUUCUGUUUCUGCUCCCUAGCCUUGAAGUAGAAAAAUUAUGAUGGAAAAUUGGAAAUGA